AUGGUUCUUUCAAACACAGAUCUUGAUUUCGACGCAAUUGUGAUAGGAGCCGGUAUUUCAGGCCUGUACCAGCUGUAUAGACUGCGGGAAUUGGGACUUAGGGUCCGGGUUUUUGAAAGAGGGACAGGAGUGGGAGGCACCUGGUAUUGGAAUCGCUAUCCUGGCGCCCGGUUUGAUUCGGAAAGUUACUCUUACGCCUAUUCCUUUUCGCAGGACCUGCUAGACGAGUGGGACUGGUCAGAACAUUUCGCAUCGCAGCCUGAGAUUCUGCGAUAUCUGCAACACGUAGCCGAUAAAUUUGACCUUCUAAAAGAUAUUCAAUUUUCCAGCGCCGUUAAGUCCGCUGUCUAUCACGAUGGUACUCGGAGUUGGGAAAUUCGAUUGCAGGAUGGGAACAGCUAUAGAAGCAGGUUCUUAAUUACAGGUAUUGGUAACCUCUCUCAGCCUACUCUACCGAAGAUUGAGGGCAUAGAAUCUUUCGAAGGAAAGUCCUUCCACACCUCUAGGUGGCCUCACGCGCCUGUAAAUUUUGCAGGUAAAAGGGUGGCAGUCAUUGGUACUGGGGCUACGGGAGUACAGACAAUCCAGGAAGUAUCCAAAGACGUCGGGCAUCUUACUGUUUUCCAGCGUCGACCAAACUGGUGUGCACCUCUUCACAACUCAGAAAUAGAGCCGGAUGAAAUGGAAGUUAUUAGGGCCGGCUAUGACGCAAUGUUUGAGCGGUGUGCCCAAACUCGUAGUGGGUUUAUACAUACCGUUGAUCCUAGGGGAACUUUUGAGGUGACUGCGGAAGAGCGGUAUGAGUUCUGGGAGCAACUGUACGCCGGUCGGGGGUUUGGGAUCUGGCAAGGCAAUUUCAAGGAUAUCCUGACCGACCCGAAAGCCAAUAAGGCCAUAUCUGAUUUUAUAGCUGACAAAAUACGGGAACGUGUGAAUGAUCCCCUUGUGGCAGAAAAGUUAAUUCCAAAGGAUCAAGGGUUUGGGACGAGACGUGUGCCCCUGGAAACCAACUAUUAUGAAUCCUACAACCGGGAAAAUGUUGAACUAAUAGACAUUAACGAGACUCCAAUUGAGAGAAUCACCCAGAACGGCAUUCUGACUACUGAGAAGGAGCUGGAAUUUGAUUUCAUAAUUUAUGCUACCGGGUUCGAUGCAGUAUUUGGCAGCUACAACGCGAUCGAUAUCCGGGGUGUUAACCAGCGUAAAUUAAAGGAUCAAUGGGAAGAAGAACUGGCGACCCUUCUGGGGAUUCAAACCAAUAACUUUCCCAAUCUGUUUAUGAUUAUGGGACCUCAUGCCAUGCAGGGUAACAAUCCUCGUAACAUUGAAUUCAACGUGGAAUGGAUAACAGCUAAAUUCUUGGAGAAGAUGGCUGAGGGCGAUGGAAAGCCUAUACACGAAAGCACGCCUCACGAGGCGCGCGCAUUUGCAUCCGAGAUCUCAGAGCUUGCCGGGCCUGCGCCGAAAAUGGAGCGUGUGGAGGAGCGUACUAUAGAGGGCACGGACGGCGAAGCAACGCUUCGAAUACUGGUCCCUUUCGAGUACUCUCGUGGCGUCCUGGUCUACUACCACGGGGGCGGAUGGGUUACCGGCUCGCCCGACGAGUAUGAUACUGUCGCGCGUAAGCUCGCGGAGCGGACAUCUUGCGCGGUCGUCCUGGUAGAGUACCGUCUUGCGCCAGAGCAUCGCUACCCAACGGCCGUAGAUGACUCAUAUGUUGCACUGGAAUGGGUCGGUGAACACCUGAGCGAAAUAGCGGGACAAGAGGUGCCACUGAUCGUGGCUGGGGACGGCUCCGGUGGAAACCUCGCUGCUGUUACAGCUAUACGCGCUCGCGACCGCAGCGGCCCACCCAUUGCACUACAGGUGCUCAUCUACCCCGUAACCGACGCAGAUUUCGACCGUCCAUCCUACUCAGAUCCCGAAAAUGGAUUUCUGCUGACCCGCGAUGCUAUGAUCUGGUACUGGGAUCAAUACCUUCCGGAGUCCUCUCGCCGUACCGAGCCCGGCGCCUCUCCUUUGCACACCGAGAAUUUCCAAGGGCUUCCACCAGCUGUUAUCCUCACUGCGGAGCAUGAUGUCUUGCGUGACGAAGGCGAGGCUUACGCGGCGCGUCUGCAGGAAGCUCACGUACCGACUGAUCUCCAAAGAUAUGUCGGCCAGAUGCAUGGAUUCUUUACCUUGCUGAUGCUGCCCGGUAGCGAGCUCGGUUUCCAACAGGUUGUGAGGGCAGUCAGAGCGUGUACCGCGAGAGCACACAAAUCUCAAACAAUAUAG